AUGGCUUGUGUUGGGCAGACGAACUCAUGUCCGGAGGUGAAGCUCCUGCACCUGAAGCAGUAUUUAGGUGGAGAGGCAUUGGUGGCCAUCGAGAGCCUAGGCUACUGGGCCCAUGCCUACGAAGCCGCCGUUAACCUUUUAGACAGGAAAUUUGGUGGCGAGCAGAGACAGACAAACCUCCAAUUUGAGGAAAUAGAGUCGUUCCCCGCCCUCCGGACAGGCCGGCCUGGAGACCUGCAGAGAUUCGCCGAUUUGCUGGAUGUACUGAUAGUGAACAUGGUGGAUGCAGGCAAGGAAUAUGAGCUGGGCCAUGGUCUUCUGUUCCGACAGCUGCAAAACAAGCUGCCGAUGCCCAUGCUGACCCAGUUUAACCGUUGGCGUCACAACAACACGAAACCCAGUAGUGCACCAACGCUGUUGGAAUGGGUGACCCUUGAGGCAGAAUUCGCUACUGGAGCAGCGGAGAUGGCCCACGGAGUCAGUUGUGCGGAUGGUCAUCAUGCAGCGGCGCUGCCGACUAAACCAGCUCCUGCAAGAAGUCGGCCAACGUUCGGAGGCAGCUCCGGAGCCCACGCGUCGUCAUUCCUGGCCUCUGGUCAGAGCGCUGCCAAAAUCCAGUGUCCAGUAUGUGAUGCGCCCCAUCACACAUGGAGGUGUGACAUCUUCAAGAGCGAGUCGCCCAGCAGGCCGUGGGAAACAGCAAAGAAGAAAGGCCUCUGCUAUAGGUGCCUUGGCACUGGACAUCGAGGGACAUCCUGUACCAGAAACAGGAAGUGCGGUGUCAGUGGCUGCAGUCAGACACAUCACCAGCUGCUUCAUGAUCGUCAACCGCAGCAGAAACGGAACCUGUCUGCAGCAGCCAUGAGCAGUGAUGUAGCAUCGUCAAGCACUCCCACAGCUUCAAUCAGCACAAGAGGGGCAACAACAUCUGCAAUAGAGCCAGCCUCUAUUAAUUGCUCCAUCCAAGCAUGCAACAUCACGGAAGGGGAGCCGGAUCUGGGAGAAGAUAGGCCACGUGGAGUACCAUCGGUCUCGGUACGCAUCCUCCCGGUGUCGCUUGUGCAUGAAGGAGUACGGAUACAGGUUAACGCUAUGUUGGACGAUUGCAGCACUACCACCUACAUAACCACUGCAGUUGCCGGCCAGUUGAGGGUGGCAGGAAGACCGCAGCAGGCAUCAGUUUCUCUUCUGAGCGGGUUGACGGAAACAUUCGUCACGACGCCGGUCAACAUCACAGUGGAAAGCGCUGACGGAACAUUCCAGUCCAAAUUAACGGCGCUAACUAUUGAAAGCAUCGCAAGCAACUUGAAGGCUGUUGACUGGGCGAAUGCGGCAGCGCAAUGGGACCACCUGCGAGGUGUUCGCUUCACGGCUCUCACCGAGGAAUCAGUGGACCUUCUAAUUGGCAGUGAUCAUAGUGAAUUGCAUUCUUGCUGGGAGGAAGUCAAUGGCAAGCCAGGAGAACCGCUAGCUCGCAGAACGCCAUUAGGUUGGACAUGUAUCGGAGCAGUAUUAAACAAUGAUGAUCGACCAACCCGCGCCAACAGCACCUACUGUGGCGUACAGCUGAACCGGCUUAACACCUGUUUGCAACGGGAAGUUGAUCAAGGCGGCAUCAGCCCUGAGCCUUCAUGGCACAUGAAGGACCGCAGUGUGAAGACUGAAGUUGAGCAGUCAAUGCGGCAACUCGACAGGGCUGGGUACGAGAUUCAUCUUCAGUGGAAUGGCCAGAAGUCACAACUGCCCGACAAUUACAGCAUGGUAUUCAGCGACUGCAUAGAGCCGGACCCUAGGCUGCAGCGAGAGAUACUGGAAGUGCUGCUUGGAUUGCGGCGCAACUCGGGAACCAUCGUCGGUGAUAUUCGGGAGAUGUAA